UACGUCGUGCUAGCCUCCGCUAGCUUGCUGCCAAUGGAGUGAUCGGUCCCAGCAGCGCAGCAUCCAGCCUUCACACCGGACGGUGAGUCGCAGAGUGAGGGAGCAGAGCCGCGGUUUCUCCGCUACAUUUCCAUCUUUUUCCACUUUGUUUACAGUGCGAAGAGUGGCUCAGUGGAGACAUUUUGGGACUCUCGUUCUGGACAACAUUUGACAUCUCUCGCAUAACAAGUGGAAUUUACCGGUUGGGGAGCACAGAGGAGGUUUUGGAGGAUGAACCCCCAGUGUGCCCGCUGUGGGAAGAUUGUCUACCCGACGGAGAAAGUCAGCUGCCUGGACAAGAACUGGCAUAAAGGAUGUUUCCACUGCGAGGUUUGUAAGAUGACCCUGAACAUGAAGAACUACAAAGGCUACGACAAGAAACCCUACUGCAAUGCACAUUACCCCAAGACGUCGUUCACCACCGUGGCCGACACACCAGAGAACCUGAGACUGAGACAGCAGAGUGAGCUACAGAGCCAGGUGAAGUAUAAGAAGGACUUUGAAGAGAGCAAAGGCCGAGGGUUCAGCAUCGUGUCCGACACUCCAGAAAUGCAAAGACUCAGAAGGACUCAGGAGCAGAUCAGUAUUGUAUGUUAAUGUCUGUCCUGGUGUGUGUGUGUGUGUGUGUGUGUGUGUGUGUGUGUGUGGGUGUGGGUGUCUGUGUGUGUCUGUAAUGUGAAAUGUAUGAGUGAGGGGUGCACUUUGGUCAGUGAGCACAAUCGCACAAUUGCACACACCACCACAAACAUUCUCACUCCCAGCAUGUCGAAAAGAGACGCUUGGUCAGGUGCCUUUGGUUUUUGUUAUUGAC